AUGCUGUCUAGGUCGAUAAGACGACCAAUAUGCUCCUACGUUUGUCAAUCAUGUCUGUCUAGAAGAAUUACACCCUCCUCUACCGUUAUACGCCGUCACAACCAUGCCACGCUCCCCAUACAACCGGACGCAUCCUCCCAGUCCAACAGCAUCGAAGUAAAACCGAAUGAGGGUGGAAGCAAUGAAGGAUCAGGAGCUGAGAAAUCUUCCGGUGGUAAAAAGAAGGGGAAGGGGAAAGAGAAGGGGGAUGCGAAUAAGGCAAGCAAAUCUAGCAAAGAUGUACCAUUGACGCAGUCGGCGAAUACGCAAAUUGCCCCGGAGGUAGAAGCGAAACCUGCCAAAACCCGAAAAUCAAAGUCGAAGGCACGGAAGAAAAAGGCUGCAGCGCAGGCCAAAAAUCUGGCUAAUCUGGCUGGCACCUCGGAUGAAAAUAUAAAGAACAUGAUUCUAAUUCAGCAAAAAUCAAAACUUCGACUGAAAAAGCUUCGGCCCAGCAAAGUCAUAGCGGCCCUCAACCUCGCAGCACAGAAUGGAAAGUCAAAGUCUGGCAAAGCGGCCAAGGGUGGUCUAGAUGAGUUUGCUCCAGUGAGGUCUGCAUCUCCAAAGCUCACAAGCGAGGUUACUCUUGGGGACAUUGAGAUACUCCGUGAGUUGGUUCCAUUCUAG